UAGGAGUAAAUUGCUUUUGUUGAAAAUAUCUUGUUUCUCAUUAAAGAAUGUGUAAAAGAGAGCCACAAACUUCAAUAUUUGUAUACUUGAAACAGAUCAUUAUCUUGACUAGCUAGCUUGUAGAUCAUCAACAAAAGAAAAAUCCCAUCAAACUUAUAAACCCAAAAUACAUUUUUGAAGAUGGAUUCAUCGUAUAAACCUUAUGUAGUGGUUGUUGUGAUACAAGCACUGUAUGCUGGCAUGCAAAUAAUCUCCAAGGUGGCUCUAAAUGUUGGCCUCAAAUCAUAUAUUCUUGUUUUCUACAGACAAGCUAUUGCAACUAUCUUCUUGGCUCCCAUAUCUCUCUUUCUAGAAUGGAAAACAGCACCUCCUCUAACAUUCAUGGCAUUCUUCAAGAUGUGUAUGCUUUCUCUUUUUGGAAUUACAUUGAGUUGGAAUGUCAACACACUGGCUCUUCAAUACACAUCAGCAACCUUGUCCGCAGCAGCUGUUAGUACCACUCCUGUUUUCACCUUUUUCCUUGCUGUUUUAUUCAGGAUGGAAAAGUUAAAUGGGAGAACAAUUCCUGGGAUCAUUAAGAUUUUUGGAAUAUUAAUUUGCCUAGGAGGAGCCAUAACCAUUGCUUUCUAUAACGGGCCACCUUAUUUGAGAUUGUUGAUGCACAAUCAUUUGCUCAACAUUCACAGUGAAGAAGGAAAUCAAGGUCAAAAUAUUGCUUCUUCCAGCACCACCUGGGUGAAGGGCGUAUUUUUAAUGCUGGUUUCCUACUUGUUUUGGAGCUUUUGGCUUCUAUUUCAGGGAAAAAUCUUGGAAGCCUUCCCUUCAAGGCUAUUAUUAACAACUUUUCAGAGCUUCCUUAGUGCUAUCCAGUGCUUCCUUAUUGCCAUAGCAUUGGAAAGAAACCCCAAUGAAUGGAAACUUGGAUGGAACGUGAAACUUCUCUCAGUUGCUUACUCUGGAAUUGUUAUUAGUGGUAUAACAUUCUUCUUACAAGCUUGGGUUGUUCAAAAGAAAGGUCCCGUAUUUCAAGCAAUUUGGACCCCAUUGGGUCUGAUAUAUACGGUGUUUGCAGCUGCCGUUCUCUUUGGGCAAAUACUUAGCUUGGGAAGCGUUUUAGGUGCAAUAUUAUUGGUGGUGGGACUUUACUGUGUGCUGUGGGGAAAAAUCAAGGAGCAAAGCAAGGACAAUUUCAGUUCUCAAUUGACCAAUGAAACAAAGAAAAUAGAUACUAAUGCACCAAAGGAUGACAUAAGAUUGUCAUUGGUAAGUGCUUGACAGUUGCCCCCAUUAGUUUAGCUUUAAACAGAACCAGAUCGUAACCGAGUCCGGUUCCAAAAAACCGAAACUAUCUUCAUUUUGUUCUAAAAUGUAAUGGAACCUGGUUCGGUUCUGGUUCCUAAUAGUGAGAAUCAAAAUUGGAACAGGUAUUUAAAAAAGUGUAAGACAUUACAGUGCUUGUAUUAAUAUAUACUUUGUGAAAAUUGCUAUAAACUAGACCUAGUAUACAAGUACUCUAAAUUGAAAUUACAAUAUUACAAUAUUGCUAUAAAUUGGAACAUGUAUUGUUUUCUGUCAAAGUAUAUAAGUAUUUUGGCCUCCUAUCUCAAAACCAAUUGGCAAUG